GGCAAAGUUGUAGUGACAAUUUCGAUGCAAUUACAAGAUGUAAUUGAUGAUGAUAAAGAUAAACUGACUUACGAUCAACCUAUUAAAAAAGGCAAUUUGUUAGUUGAAUUUUAUGACACUGGCAUUGGCAUUGACCCAGGAUAUAUAAAACAUGCAUGGCAAAGCUAUUCACAAGGUGACAUGUCAAUGACUAAGACGCAAGAUGGUACAGGACUUGGCCUCUCAAUUUGUAAAAGUCUAGUAGAAAUUAAUGGAGGAGAAAUUAAA